CGACAACCAGUGAAAAACUGUCAACUUUGGUCCUGACAAGAAACUGCGGAAUUUUUGCUGUCCCGCUGUCACGUUUUAUUUUUCUGCAGGGAUUGAAAAAUUGCAGGGAUCGGGAAUUUGCUCAUAUGCGAUAGUUUGAGAUGCUUUUUGGCUGGUUGUACGCCUACUUUGCGUGGCUGUACCAACGCAUGUUCAAAUGGGUGAUCCGCGUAUUGACGGGCAGUCAUGAGCUGCAACGACUGUGCUCUGGAGACCAGCUGGACAGUAAGAAGACCAAAAAAAUUGAAAGCUCGUUAAGAAACUCCAAAUGUGGAGCUUUGCGGAGAGUCAUUGAAGAAGACGAUGUCAAUAUCAACGACGCCGUGAAAGGCAUAGCAGCUGUCAAAGGAAUAGACGUCAGCAAAAAUCCAGACUUUGUACCCUCGCUGAAGAGGUGUUUAGAGCAGAUCUGUGGCUACAGGAAUCUGUUCGCUGAAGUUGAAGCAGUCAGGAAGCAAGCGUAUCAAUCAACGAGGCAAGAUCAUGAAGAGAAACUUAUCAAGCUUUGGAACCUACUGAUGCCUGACACACAGCUAGAGGGGCGCAUCAGCAAACAAUGGGGCACCAUCGGGUUCCAGGGGGACGACCCGGCUACGGACUUUCGGGGAAUGGGUAUGCUGGGGCUACUUAAUUUAAUAUAUUUUGCGGAGACUUACAACAAAGCUGCCCGCCACGUCCUCUCACAUUCCCAUCAUCCACAAUUCGGGUAUUCUUAUGCAGUAGUGGGCAUCAAUAUGACUAGCACUGCCUACCAUUUACUUCAAGAUGGCGCACUUAAGACACACCUGUACAACCACGUCAGGGGCAAACCAUCGCUGGAGGACUUUCACCGGAUUUACUGCCACGUUUUCUUCAACUUUGACAAGUUCUGGCUAGCGGAGAAGCCGCGCGACAUCAUGGAGUUCAGCCGCGUCCGGGACAAAUACGAAGAUACGCUGCGGAAGGAUCUCCGGAAGGCGACGACCGUCUUAAAAUGCGACUUUGUAACCGAUGAUUGACCUCACUAAUUGGGCCGCGCCCGCAUCACGUGGCUACGACUAUGGCUAGUAGUAACACACGAGUCUAUGGAAAGUGGCUUCAGCCGCUGCCCAUAGACACGUGUGUAAUUACAAGUCGUAGCCGUAGUCAUUCAGCUGCAGCCUCGUUCUGUGUCUUGCACCUCGUUGUCAGGGUUUAUGCCAGUUUUUUUAUUCUAUAGCAAAUCGUACUUGAAUCAAAAUUUAUGGAAGAUUGUACUGCCUAGUAUAUAUAUUUUUUCAACACACGGGUUGAAGCAUUUAUUGAAGUUAAUUAUAUUGGUGUUUACAGUAUUGGUAGUAUUUAACUCUUAGUAUUUUUGGAAUUCUUUUUGGG